AUGGCCGCAGACCAUGUCUUCGCCCUGAUCGUCGGUGGUGGCAUGUCUGGCAUCACCCUGGCCGCCCAGCUGCUGAGCCAGAAGAGCCUCCGGCGAGGAGAGUUUGUCAUUGUCGACCGCUGGGACGACUAUGGAGGAGUAUGGGAGGCCAACAAGUAUCCCGGGGCCGCCUGUGACGUGCCCAGCCACGCCUACGUCCUGCCCUUUUACUUGAAUCCCACUUGGUCGCGGGCAUAUGCAACCCAGCCGGAGAUCCAGCAGUACUAUGCCUCGGUGGCCCAGCACUACCGGCUCCGCGAGUGUUCAGUCUUCAACACCACCGUGCUUUCGGCCACCUGGGACGAGGUGACCCUCAAGUACACGGUCGUUGCGCAAGACAACCGCAGCGGCAAGCGUCGCACCUGGAUCGCGAACGUGGUGGUCGACGCCGGCGGGCAGUUCUGGCGACCCAAGUACGCCGCCAUCCCCGGGGCCGAGACGUUCAAAGGCGCGGUCUGGCACACAGCCGAAUGGCGAGACGACUAUGAUCUACGAGGCAAGCGGGUGGCCAUGAUCGGCACGGGGCCCAGCACUGCCCAAGUCGCGCCUCGCAUCCAGCCGCUGGUCAAGGAGCUCAUCCUCUACCAACGGAGUGCCACCUACUGCAUGCCUCGCAACGACAAGCAACAGCCCGGCUGGAAGAAGUUUCUGUUCAAGUGGUUCCCGCCUUUGUUGUGGGCGUACCAUCUGUGGUACUAUUUCAGCAUCGAGGGCAGCAUGAAGAUGUGGCUCUCUGGCACGCCCGAGCAAGCCCAGGCCAGCGCGUACGCUCUCCAUCACCUGGAGACCACGGUGAAAGACCCCAUCACGCGGGCCAAGCUGAAGCCGACGUCGCAGUUUGGGUGUAAACGCAUCCUGUUCCUCGACGACUGGUACCCGAUGUUCAACAAGCCCAACGUCAAACUCAUCACCGACAAGCCGCUGCGGAUCACCGAGGACGGCAUUGUGUCGAAGCCGGCCCAGCUGGUCGAGGCCGAUGCGGCCAAGAAGGAGCCGGUCGACGGGUACAAUCCUCCGGUGCCGGUGCCGUUGUACCCCGCAGCCACCGACUCCGAGUCCCAGUCCGAGGUCGAGGAGAAGAUCGACGUCCUGAUCUGGGGCACCGGCUUCGACAUGACCCACCAGGGGAGCCACUUCCAGGUCAACGGGAUCGGGGGAGCCAACCUGGAGCAGCUGUGGGAGAGCAGCACGCCGCGCGGGUACUAUGCAGUGGCGGUGAACAAGUUCCCCAACUUCCUGAUGAUGCUGGGGCCCAACUCGGCCAACUUCUGGUCGAACCUGACCAUGGUGUGUCUGGUGCAGGCGCGCUUCAACGCCCAGUUGAUCAAGAAGAUCAAGGCCGAGUGCCGCACGGCGCCCUACGCGUUGAACGUUAGCGAGAAGGCCCAGACGGCCUACAACAAAGCCAUCUACGGCGCCAUGGGCAACAUUGCCAUCCUCUCGCCCGGCUGCCACAACUACUACACCAAUGACAAGGGCGAGGCCACCUUCUGGAACCCCAUGCACGGCUGGACUUAUGCCUGGCGCACCUGGUGGCCGAACUGGGCCGACUUUGACCACUACGGCCCUCGAUUCACGAAAUCACCGAGGGUUGGGACCAAGGCCGGGGCCGAGGCCAGGGUGGGAAAGAAUGCAGAUAUCGUGGUCGAGACGGCCGCGGUGGGUGCGUGA